AGCACCAAAUAGAGACAUUGGACACGCGUCAUAAUAUGAUUGGAGAGGAUUCCACCCCUUUAGCUAUAAAAAGGCCCACACCCCCCGUUUCUCUUCACAGUGCAUUUCAAAACAAACUAGCUCAUUCUCUUUGCGCAGUUCCCUACCUCUCCCCUCAAGAUGCAGAUCUUCGUUAAGACCCUUACCGGAAAGACCAUCACUCUCGAGGUCGAGAGCUCCGAUACUAUUGACAACGUGAAGGCCAAGAUCCAGGAUAAGGAAGGAAUUCCCCCUGACCAGCAACGUCUCAUCUUCGCUGGAAAACAGCUCGAGGAUGGCCGCACCCUCGCCGACUACAACAUCCAGAAGGAAUCAACCCUUCACCUAGUUCUCCGUCUCCGCGGUGGCAUGCAGAUCUUCGUUAAGACCCUUACCGGAAAGACCAUCACUCUCGAGGUCGAGAGCUCCGAUACUAUUGACAACGUGAAGGCCAAGAUCCAGGACAAGGAAGGAAUUCCCCCUGACCAGCAACGUCUCAUCUUCGCUGGAAAGCAGCUCGAGGAUGGACGCACCCUCGCCGACUACAACAUCCAGAAGGAAUCAACCCUUCACCUAGUUCUCCGUCUCCGCGGUGGCAUGCAGAUCUUUGUCAAGACUCUCACCGGAAAGACCAUCACCCUUGAGGUGGAGAGCUCUGACACCAUCGACAACGUAAAGGCUAAGAUCCAGGACAAGGAGGGAAUUCCCCCGGACCAGCAGAGGUUGAUCUUCGCUGGAAAACAGCUCGAGGAUGGCCGCACCCUCGCCGACUACAACAUCCAGAAGGAAUCAACCCUUCACCUAGUUCUCCGUCUCCGCGGUGGCAUGCAGAUCUUUGUCAAGACUCUCACCGGAAAGACCAUCACCCUCGAGGUUGAGAGCUCUGACACCAUCGACAAUGUGAAGGCUAAGAUCCAGGACAAGGAGGGAAUUCCCCCGGACCAGCAGAGGUUGAUCUUCGCCGGAAAACAGCUGGAGGAUGGCCGCACCCUCGCCGACUACAACAUCCAGAAGGAAUCAACCCUUCACCUUGUUCUCCGUCUCCGCGGUGGCAUGCAGAUCUUUGUGAAGACUCUCACCGGCAAGACCAUCACCCUCGAGGUUGAGAGCUCUGACACCAUCGACAACGUCAAGGCUAAGAUCCAGGACAAGGAGGGAAUUCCCCCGGACCAGCAGAGGUUGAUCUUCGCCGGAAAACAGCUGGAGGAUGGAAGGACCCUUGCUGAUUACAACAUUCAGAAGGAAUCCACCCUUCACCUUGUUCUGCGUCUUCGUGGGGGCUUUUAGACUGUGCUGACCUCUGUUUUUUACUGCUUUCAAGACAUCUUCAAAAUCGGACUGUGGAUUGGGUCUUUAUUGACCCUUAAAUAAAUUUGGUUUGUGUUGGACUGUAUUGUCCCUUUGUUAUAAUGAAACUUUAGAUAUAUAAUAUGCAUUAUGUUAUUAA